AUGGGAGUCCAUGGCGGCCUCAACAUUCUCUCGCAGAAGCGGUGGAACAUCUACAACUACGAGAACAGGGAAAAGGUCCGCCGCGACGAGGAGCAAGCCGCCAGAGACGAGCAGAUCAAGUGCGACGCCGAGCUCCGCCUUGAGCGCCUCCACGCCAGGGGUUUGGCUCCUCUCAUUAAGGCCAAGGCAGAGGAACAGAAGGGGAAGGAAGAAGAAGAACAACCGGAAUUGAAGAAUUCGGGUGACAACAGACACAUUAACUUGUUCGAGGGGAUUAAGAUUUUCGAUCCUGUACGAGAAACCGAGAAGAGGAAGGAGUUGUUAGGGGAAAGGGAAGGGUGGAAGAAGGAGAAGAAGAUGAAGAAAGAAGAAGGGAAGUCCUCAGGGGUGGUGGUGGGUCCCAAGGAUGAGAAGUAUAGGUUAGAGUAUAGGGUAGCAGGGAAAGGUGUGAAGAUGCCUUGGUAUCUUGAGAUUCGUAAUAGCGCCGAUGAGAAGGGCGGUGGGGAUGAUAGUGAUGGGGAAGUGAAGAAUGGGAGGAAGACUUUGGAGGAGUUGAGGGAAGAGAGGUUGAAGAGGGAGAAGCACGAGAAGGAGCGGAAGAAGAAUGAUUGCCAAUACGACGACGUUUUCCAUCCUCCAGUGUGGCAAUCAUUCGCCACGUCACUCCCGCCGGCAAGCAAUAUGAACGAAAAAUUCGAGAGGGACCACGUUGAUGCAUUUUUUACAAUCUGGAGGACGUAA